GAAGCAUCGGCCGCGCGCACUCUGGGCGGGAGUGCGCCCCCUCCUGACACAGAUCCGCUUACGUUACUAUAAAUGGUGUGAAGCUGCGGGAGGCGGCCGCGGAUAUCACACACAGCCCGCCGCCACCAGCACCACCGUCCGAGGAGGAGGCAGAGGGGGGGCGGCCGAGAGGGCUGGGCCGGGCCUGAGGAAGUCACCUAUUAUUGUGUCUGUGACGCGCCUCCUCUCCCCCCCGCGCUGGUGGCUGCAGUGGUACAUCCCAGGGUGUGGAGCCUCAGACCUAGAAGAGCACAAGAGUUUACAGAGCCGGGGAUUGUGCUCAUCCGGCCCGGGACAUCCAGCGAUCCCUCCCGUCACCCUGCACACAUCGUCCGGCCAGCGGCCUAGGCCUCCUACGCCUCCUCUCCCGGGUGUGUGCGGCGCCCAGUCUCCGGGACGUGACCUUCCAUGACCCGCGUUCACCUUGCCCUGGAUCCUGGGGCUCAGGACUGGCGGAGUGUGGAGCGGAGCCUCCCGUGCCUUGUCUAUCCGCUCCCAUCAGGUAGCAUGCUUCCCCAAAGAUAAGGCCCAGCGCCUGGCCCUGGCCUAUUGCACUUGGUGGAACAGGGUUUCUCAUCGUCCUCCUCAAUGACUGGAUUAUCACUCUCAUCAUCAUUCAUCGUGUUCUGUAUCACGGCUAUCCCCCACCCAAGCAGUGCUGAAGGGCUACAGAUUGCGGCCCCCCUCUGAUGACCCGGAGUAUAUGGUAUCUUCUGGACGUGUCCCCCUAUAGAAGGAUCCAUCACUUUCUACUUGUAGGCACUGGAUGACCUGGGUCCCUGAGAGGUCACGGAUCACCCCUCUUCUGUUUUUUAUUUUUGGCUGACAACGUGUGUGUCCUGACUACCUACUGACUACUGGCUCGUCGUCCCAUAGAAACACAUCGAUGGUGAUCACCACAUCCAGCUCUGAAGAGGCGCCCCCUCAGAGAAUGCUCACUGCAUUACCCACAGAAUGGGGCAGUAAGGAUCCGGCUUGUCUCUUGCCUCCAACCCACUGCAGCAAGAAGCCUUCCAGAAGUGGCAGCAGUACAGGAUGCAAGUCCUCGUCUUCUUUCUGUCUGGCUGCCCCUUUUGCCUUUGUCCCCACUGAGGCAAGCAUGUCGAGCCAGCACAGCCACGCUCCGUUCUCCAGCCUUCAAUCAAUGGCUGAUCAUCAGCAGGUCCUGCCAGAUAUGACCAUUUUACAACGGCGGAUUCCAUUAACCUUCCGAGACUCGGCAGCUGCACCUCUACGGAAGCUUUCAGUGGACUUGAUAAAGACUUACAAGCACAUAAAUGAGGUUUAUUAUGCUAAAAAGAAGCGCCGUGCCCAACAAGUGCCACCUGAAGACUCCAGCACGAAGAAGGAAAGGAAAGUGUUCAACGAUGGAUUUGAUGAUGAUAACUACGAUUAUAUCGUUAAAAACGGAGAGAAGUGGAUGGACCGUUAUGAAAUAGAUUCAUUGAUUGGAAAAGGAUCUUUUGGACAGGUGGUGAAGGCAUAUGAUCACCAUGAUCAAGAAUGGGUAGCCAUUAAAAUCAUAAAAAAUAAGAAGGCUUUUUUAAACCAGGCCCAGAUAGAGCUGCGACUACUUGAGCUUAUGAACAAACAUGACACCGAAAUGAAGUAUUACAUAGUGCAUUUAAAACGGCACUUUAUGUUUCGGAACCAUCUUUGUCUGGUGUUCGAGCUACUGUCUUACAACUUAUACGACCUUUUAAGAAAUACAAACUUCCGUGGCGUUUCUCUAAACCUGACCCGAAAGUUUGCUCAGCAACUCUGCACCGCUUUGCUCUUCUUGGCCACUCCUGAGCUCAGUAUCAUUCAUUGCGACCUGAAACCCGAGAAUAUUCUUCUAUGUAACCCAAAACGCAGUGCCAUCAAAAUCGUGGACUUUGGCAGCUCCUGUCAGCUUGGACAAAGGAUCUACCAGUAUAUUCAGAGCCGCUUCUAUCGGUCACCUGAGGUGUUACUGGGGAUGCCGUACGACCUGGCAAUAGACAUGUGGUCUUUAGGGUGUAUUUUGGUGGAAAUGCACACAGGAGAACCUUUAUUCAGCGGAUCCAAUGAGGUGGACCAGAUGAACAAAAUAGUAGAAGUGCUGGGAACUCCCCCAAACCACAUGUUGGAUCAGGCCCCAAAAGCACGAAAAUACUUUGACAAACUUCCUGAGGGAACGUGGACUGUAAAGAAAAAUAAAGAUAUCAAGAAGGACUACAAAGUGCCAGGAACUCGUAGGCUCCAUGAAGUUCUGGGUGUAGAAACCGGUGGUCCUGGUGGACGCAGAGCAGGAGAACAGGGACAUUCGCCAUCCGAUUAUCUCAAAUUUAAAGAUUUAAUUUUACGGAUGUUGGAUUAUGACCCUAAAACUAGGAUUACCCCUUUUUAUGCGCUCCAGCACAAUUUCUUCAAGAAAACGACAGAUGAAGGGACAAAUACAAGUAACAGUAACUCUACAAGCCCUGCAAUGGAUCAUAGUCACUCAACCAGUACAACUAGUUCUGUGUCCAGCUCAGGAGGAUCAAGUGGCUCUUCUAAUGAUAACCGCAAUUACCGGUACAGCAACAGAUACUAUAACAGCGCUGUUGCUCACACAGAUUAUGAGAUGCAGAGUCCACAGACUCAUUCUCAGCAACAGAUAAGACUGUGGGCCGGCGCAGAUGUUCCAAUCACAAACAGCGAUUCCUACCCUCAGAUCUUACCUCACAAGCCUACUCCCAGUCAGCCGCAACAUUUUCAUGGAAACGAACCACAUCACCCUCACCCACUGUAUCAUCACGUUAACCGGCCACACUACCAUCGGCAGCUCAUCACCUCCUCUUCUCCGCAAAUCCCAGAGUCUAUGGAGCUCAGCUUGGGACACAGACACCCCCAGUCUUCCUCUUCAUUGCACCCACACCACCCUAGCUUAGACUGCACUCCGUUUGGCUCCUCAAACUUACACUUAGGGGUUUCUGCUUUUCGGACUAGAACAGUCAGUGGGCAUAACGAUACUGGCGUGCCUCUGAAUUAUCCCUACUCUAGCAACACAUCCAGCAUGGUUGGACCACCUCAUAUCCGAAACAGGACGGAAACUGAAGAGAGUGCGAUGUUAGGCGUUUGUGUCCCUCAGAGUACAGCAGCAAGCUCUUGAUGAUUCUUUCAUGUAAAAUUAAAGCCAUAACAAUAAUAGAAAAAAAUACUGAAUUCGGAGGAGGGCUGACAGGCUGCAGGGUGGGGUUGUGGAAAAGGGUGAGCUGGCUUUUAUCACAACCAUCAAACAAAAAAAAAUGUCAAGGUGUAGCUGUUAAUGUGAAUUGUUUAUUUAUUAAAAAAAAAUCACUACGAGAGGAGUGUGAAGUGUGUGUUGACCCAUGAGAAGCAGUUUUAAACAGACUUCAAUUGGACUGCUCUUUUUUUUAUUUUAUUUUAUUUUUUAUUGCUUUUUUUGACACACUGGUAGAAGUUAACCUGUGCAAAGACUUCAAGACAUUUCCAAUGCUUCCAUUUCUAUCAUAAGUUCCUCUUCGGAAGAAGCAGGAGAAUCCAGACUUACUUUGCACGUCAGUGAACUCGUUUACAGGCCAAACGUCACUCUGCAGAACACUGUCUGUGCCAGUUGCCCUACGCUGCCAUUUUAACCAUUCAUACAGAUUUCCUGUGUUGCCCCCCUCCCCACUUUAUACCAACCUUUGCUAGGGUGCAGAUUUAUGCACUUCACUGGAAUAACCUUGGCUGCUAACUCCACUCUCUCAACUGGAAUUGCUGCUAAAACUCUUUAACAGUUUUGCUUUUUAAAAACCUAAAGGUUCCCCAUGUCUUUUAUUUAUGACUUCGUACUCAGUCGGUUUUAGCUGUUUCAGGAAAGAUUUUUAGGAGCCAUUUUUUUAUUUUAUUAUUAUUUUUUUUAAUGCUUGUGCAUUAAUACAGAAAUUCAGUGUCUCGUUUUUUUCCUACCAUCACCUUUUUUUUUUCUUUCUCGUCAUCUUUCAGUUUAAAUUGACAACUUUUUUGUUUGCACACUGAAUUCUAGAUUUAACACUACAAUUAAUAUAUAUUUUUUUUAUUUGCAUUUUCCCUCCCCCUUUUUUCUCAUAUUAUCUCGGCCUCUUAAGUUCAGUGUGACCAGUAAUGGCACAUCUUCAUGGGUUAUUGUAAGACGCUAAGCCCUUGCUUCAGUAUUAAAACUUUUACAGCGCUAUGUGCUGUAACAGUAGGGUUUUUAUUUUAUUUUCAUUUAUUUUUAUUUUUUUCUAUUUUUUAUUUUUUUUUCGAAGCUUUCAAAAAUGUAAAGACUAACCUGUCCUUUUUUCAUAUCUCUGUGGAUAGUAACGUACUGUUUUAAUUUUUUUAUUUUAAUUUUUUUCCUUUUUUUAUUUAUUGUACCAAAGAUGGUAUUGAGGCAUCACUUUAAAAAAAAAAAAAUAUCAGACAUGUAAAAUGAUUGUCUUUUUAAAUGUUUCCUUUUUCUGUUCUUGCGUGUUUAAUUGGGCUUAAAAUUCUGAAUCAUGUGUAGUUGCUGUUGGACUCCAAGGCCUUUCACAUUCAUGUUUGUUUCAAGUAUUGUGGGUGAUUUGGAGGAUCCUAAAAAUAAAGUAAUAGACAGCUACAGAAGAUCGAGAGGGUUGGUGUCGAUUGUGUCUUUGGAAAAAAAAAAAAAACACAAGAAAAA